AUGGUGUCCUGCAGCGUUGCUGUGCCGACGUACUACAACGCGGAAGGAAGUAUCAUGCCAUCUUCGACCAAGUUUUCCCUGCAAUUUCCUUCCUUGCCAUCCGGACUACCGAAGGACAGUGAAAACGAUGCACUAGCGGACGGCGAUUGCUGCGUUCAGUGCCCUCAGUGCCACCAGACGGUUCAGGGAAUCGAGGCGCUGAAAGAACACGUUCAGCUUAACCACAGCGGAAGCCCAGGCGGCCCAAGGGCAAAGUUUGAGACCGACACAGCCGAACCGGACGACGACGACGACGACGACGACGAAGACGUCGGCAACAGCAUGGCAGAGGAAGACGAACACCAUGUCGAUCCGGACGCGGCCUCACCACCACCCGCCGCCCCACCGGAACCACCGGCGCCCAGUUUGGCGGGUGGGCGCGGAGCAAGCGGGGAUCUCGUCGGCAGCCGACUGCAGGCAAAAUGCGUCAGCUUGCUGCAGCUCCAACAGCAGAAACACCAAGCGACCAAGCUGCUGGACGACGAGCCGGACGAGGAAGAUGCGGAGGUGGCGUCCGGUGCGGUACCGCGCGAUCUACUUAUGGCGGGUUUGGCACCGCAAACCGUACCGGGCAGUCUGCCGUACGGGCCGCGCUCGAUGGUGAUCAGCCCGGCCCAGGACGGUAGCAGCAACUCCAGCAGCGGCCCGAGCUUACCGACCGGCGGUACGGUCAAGGACGGCGAGCACGCCGUGUACGACUGUGCCCAGUGUCCGACGACAUUCGCCAGCCGGGAUCAGCUGGAACGGCACGAGCUGCACCAUCCACCAUCGGCCGAUGCGCAGAGCUGCAAGGUGUGCCAUAAGCCGUUCGCGAACGUCUACCGACUCCAGCGCCACAUGAUCUCCCACGACGAAUCGUUGCAGCGGCGCAAGUUCAAAUGCAACGAAUGUGAUAAAGCGUUCAAAUUCAAGCACCAUCUGAAGGAGCACAAGCGCAUCCAUUCGGGCGAGAAACCGUUCGUCUGUCCGAACUGUGGCAAGCGCUUCUCGCACUCCGGCUCCUACUCGAGCCACAUGACCUCGAAAAAGUGCAUCAACAUGGGCAUCAGGCUCAACCAUAACAACAACAACAACAACAACAACAACAGUAACAACAACAACAACAACAUCAACAGCAGCAACAACAACAACAACAACAGUUCCAAUAACAGUGGCAGUGGCAGUGACAGCAAUCACCGAUCACCCCAGUAUCCGUUCCACGGUGGCAACGGUCUGACGGGGAUACCGAACGGGCAUGGUCUCGGACCGGGUGGGCUUGGUCGCGCACCGAUCAGCUUACGGCCGCAGCACGGUGUGGGUGGCGUUCUGCACCGCGAGCUGGACAUCGGUAGCCGGUUUCGGCUGGUGACCUCACCGUCACCGACGUCCUCGUCCUGCUCGUCCGCGACGAAGCACGAGCUGGAAGCGAUCGGCCAGCCGGGUAUGGAUCCGCUGCUGUUCAGCAAGAUACAGCAGGCCUCCCUGCUCGCGUACUCGUUCGCCAUGCUCGACCCGAACAUGUUGCGCUUGUUCGACUUCUCGAACGCUGCCCAACAUCACCAGCAGCAACAGUCGUCCGCCGGCAGUGACACGCACGAACCGAUGAUGGACGACGGCCAGCAGCGGUCGAUGGGUUCGCGGACGGGUGAGGACGAUGAGCAGCGGCCCGAAUCGGCCAGGCGGCCUGCUUCGUCCAUCGAUGUGGUCGCGCUGCCGACGGACGGUGGCAACCAACCGCACCCGCCCGAUAGCGACCGAAUGGAGGUCGACGAGAUGGAGGAUGAAACCUGCGCAGUGGAGAAGGUGGAGGUGGUGAUGGCGUCCUGUCCGGAGGGUGUAACGUCCCAGCACGAGGGGGAAGAUAUGGAGGAACGGCACGGUGGCACCGGCAACAACCACACCAGUGAGCCGAAUGAGGGACAUCAACAGGCACCGAACGGCGAACUCGUCGACGAUGCCGAGAGCAAGCAUGUGUUGCUUCCCAAGCAGGAACCAGUGGAGGAGUUGGCGACCGAAGCUACCAGCUCCGAUACCGCACCAUCCCAGCAGCAACACAAACCACCAGUUCCAUCGAUGCCAACAGACGGUGACUUCGGCGUCCAUGCCCAGCCGGUCGUUAAAGACGAACCGUCCGAUGAGACCGCCGCCGGUAUCGAUCAGAUGGAAAUGGCCGAACUCAAGCUAACCGAUCGCGACGAACGGGUGCGCUUCUCCUCGCCGUCCGCCACCUCCUCCCCGUUGGUGUCCGGGUCGCCGCUGCACUGUCUCUACUGCAGCGAGGAGUUCGCGACCGAGCCGGAAAUGCUGCAGCACGCCCGAAUGUUCUGCAAACGGUCGCUGCUGCUCAAUCCGUUCGUGGCCGGAACGGGUCCACUGGCGCAGACGGUCAACGGUACGACCAGCAGCACCAGCGGCAACAGUAGCAGCAGCUGCAGCGAGGAUGACACCGACUACGAUACGGUCGCACUGAAGGGUGACUGCAGCAGUGUUGGGUACGGUCUCCACGGCAGCAUUGCCGGUGCCGGUACCAUCGGUCUGGCGGGGCCGCACGGUGGUGCGGGCGGCGGUGGAAAGGUACGGGUGCGUACCUCCAUCUCCGAGGAGCAGCAGAACGAGCUGAAGAAGUACUACGCGCGGAACAGCAAACCGAGCCGGGAUGAGUUCCAGGCGAUUGCCCAGCACGUCAAGAUGGAGGCACGCGUCGUGCAGGUGUGGUUUCAAAACAAUCGGUCGCGGGAACGCAAAAUGGGCGCCGGUGGUGUGCGCCCCUACCCGAACGGUGGUCCACCGGGGCCACAGACGGUGGCGACGGUCGUCGCACCGAUCUCACCCCUGCAUGCCGACCGUGCGCCGUCGGUCGUAACCGGCCAGGACACGGGCGAUCAGCCGCUCGAUCUGUCCGUCAAGAAGGGGCUGCUGGCGGUGGAGGAGGCACUGCUGAGUGCCGCCACCAACUCGCAGGCGGCCGCAUCGGCCCUCGCCGCCGGUACGCUACCGGCCGUACUGCUGCAGGCGGACACGAUGUCCGCGCUGAACGAAGCCAUGAACCUCAGCAUCAAAACGUCCUGCUCGCCGACGGCAUUCUUCUACCAUGACAUUCAUCCGAUCCACGGGGUGACGGCCGGGCCGCACGCGCACGGUACCGGCGGCAACCCGCUCAAGCUCGGCCUGGGCACCGGUCUUCCACGGGACACCCCGUCGCCCCAGGACGGGCGGGGUCAGCACACCGGCCCCUCCCAGCCGGUACCGAACGCGCCCCACACGUUCGGCAAAUAUCCGGCCAUGCACGGUCUGCACCAUCCGCACCACCCCCACCAUCAUCAUCCGGCCAACCUAGCCAACAUGGACCAGCUGCUGCGGCAGUUCUCACCGAAGCUGUCGGCGGCGGCGGCCGCCACCGGCGGCAUGGUCGGCCGGGCCAGCCUUAGUCCCGGGGCGCGCGACAUGCUACCGGACGAUGGCGCCGGCUCCAAGUACUACGGUGCCUUCCCGGACAAGAAGCACCUGCUGCAGUCGAUGCUGAACGUGCCGAAGCGGUUGGCCGGUGCGUACGGGCUCGGCGGAGGUAAUGGCGGGGCCGGCGUCACGCCGGGCGGCAAGGAGGCCGUCCAGCUUACCCAUCCGGCCCCGGACGCCGAGGGUCAGUACGUAUGUGAUCAGUGCGACAAGACGUUCAGCAAGCACAGCUCCUUGCAACGGCACAAGUACGAACAUUCUGGCCAACGUCCUUACAAGUGCAUGGAAUGUCCGAAGGCGUUCAAGCACAAGCAUCAUCUGACCGAGCACAAGCGUCUGCACAGCGGGGAGAAACCGUUCCAGUGCUGCAAAUGUCUGAAGCGCUUCUCCCAUUCCGGCUCGUACAGCCAGCACAUGAACCAUCGGUACUCGUACUGCAAACCGUACAGGGAGGGCAAAUAA